AUGACAAUAAAACCUCAUUUGACUGAAUAUCAGAUCAUUGGAAGGCGACUUCCAAGCGAAAAAGAACCAACACCAAAGCUAUAUCGUAUGAAAAUCUUUGCCCCAAAUACAGUUGUAGCAAAAUCUCGAUUUUGGUAUUUUUUAAGAAAACUCCGUAAAAUUAAGAAGGCAGCAGGAGAAAUUGUUUCUUUGAAUGUGAUUCAUGAACGCCGACCUUUUAAAGUAAAAAAUUUUGGGAUUUGGCUUCGCUUUGAAUCACGCUCAGGAAUACAUAAUAUGUACAAGGAAUAUAGAGAAGCUUCUCGUGCAGCAGCAGUGGAAGCUCUUUAUCGAGAUAUGGCAUCGCGACAUCGCUCACGCUUUCGAUCUAUUCAUAUUCUUCGUGUUGUUGAACUAGAAAAAACCAGUGAUAUAAAACGACCAUGUGUUCGUCAAUUUAUCAAUUCAAAAAUUAAGUUUCCAUUACCUCAUCGCUAUCCUAAGUCCUUUAUUAAAAGGAAAGUGUUUAUGGCUAAAAGGCCAUCAACAUUUUACUAG